UCUGUUUUUAUUUCAGAUUUCCAGCAUCUGCAAUUCUUUGGUUUAUUUAAGGUAUUGCUUUGUGGUGAGUGAGGAGAAGGGACGUAGAAUAAAAAAAAAUGGUGGUCUUCAUCUGUAAUGGAUGUGGAGCAUCAGUUAAGAAAGCUCAAGUGGAAAAGCAUUUUAAUAGUUGUCGGAAUUGUCCAUGUUUGUCAUGUAUUGACUGUGGGAAGGACUUUUGGGGAGAGGAUUACAAGACACAUAUUAAAUGCAUCAGUGAAGAUGAAAAGUAUGGUGGUAAAGGAUUUGAAGCCAAGGCCAAAAAAGGUGAUUUGAAACAACAGCAGUGGAUAGAGACAGUCCAUCAAAUCAUGAAUGAAUCAAAUGUUAACCCCAAGGUGCGUGAAAUUCUGGAACAAAUCAAUUCUUAUGAUAACAUACCUCGAAAAAAAGCCAAAUUUCAGAACUGGAUGAAAAACAGUUUGCAGAUCUACAGUGAGGCACUACAGGGGCAGGUUUGGGAGAUCUUUGCUGCUGCUCUCUCCAAAGAUAAAGCUAAACAGCAAGAAAACGAGACUCCAAAUGGUGUCACCCCAUCAAAAUCAGUGGAAGCAGACCAGAACCAGGCACCUGCAGUCAAAAGUGAAGAGAAGGGAAGAAACAAACAGGAAGCAAAAGAGAAAGGACAGAAAAAAUCCAAAAAGAAAAAGAAGCUGUUAAACUCAGAGGAAUGUAAAAGUCCUUUAAAGCAUGAAACAGAUUCUAAAACAAAGGAACAAAAAACCCUGAAGGGAAAAAAGAAAAAGCUUAAAAAACUACACAAGAAAGAUGGAGCCCAUACUGUGCGGGAAAAUGGCAAUCAAGCAGAGGGCUGUGAGCAACACAACAGUGAGAAUGUACUUGGCAGGAAGAAGGGCAAGAAGCGGAAACAGAAAACAUCCAAUGAAGGUGAACCCAACUCGAAACGGGAAAAAGUUCAAGUUCCAGAAACCAAAGAAGUGGAAGAAGCUAAUGAAGUAAAGCAAGGGAAAUUCAACUGGAAAAGAACAAUCAAAAUUGUUCUCAAACAGUCUCCUGAGCAGGAAAUUUCUGUUAAAAAAUUACGGAAAAAGGUUCUAUCCCAGUACUACGCUGAAUGUGGUGAUAGUAACUACAAAUCUGAAGUGGAACUCCUGGCAAUUUUUUACAAGAAGAUAAGCUCUAACCCCAAAUUUAAAGUGCUGAAAGACAAAGUAAAGCUUGUGAAAUAAAAGAAAAUGUACUUUGGAUAGCAAAAGACUGGACCAUAGACAGAAAAUGAAUUUAUUUUGUAUCUUUCUGUAGUUGGCAUUCAGAAUAUUUUGCUUUUAUGUACAAUGCUGAAAUUUCAGUAUUGAUUUGGGGACAACUUGUGCUUCAUGAUGAUUUAGAGAUGUUCUGCUAUUUAAUAAAUGAACUAUUUUUAUAUAUGCCAGAAGAAGUUGACUCCCUCACAAUCUUGCAUUUAAAGUGAAAUGGUUACACUUAACUUAUAUUUAGAAGCUGUGAUAUGAUCACAAGACAGAUUCAACAUCAAGAGAACUGUGGAACCAAUCUACAGAGGAACUUCGAUUAUCCGAAGGACACGAAGGGGGUGUUUUUGUUCAGUUUAUUGAAUUCCGGAUAAUCAAAUGCCAUAUAACAUAGUUUAGCCAAGCACGGGACCUUGCAAUCUUGCCAGAUAAUCUGAUAUUCGGAUAAUUGAGGUUCCUCUGUAUAAUAAAUUUUCCAGGACAUUCACAGAAUUCAUUCAUUCCCCUAUCAUGGAAUCCAUACGUUACAUCAACUGUUUUAAUUGUUUGUGUUUUGUUUCAACUGAUCUAUGUGAAAGUCCGUUAUAAUGCAUGUUUCUUUCCAUGGAGGACAUUGACUCUUGUCUCACGUGCAUUGAAAAGAUCAAGAGCAUACUUUAGUACGUUAGGGUGUUAGAUUUUGCAACCUACUGAAAUAAUUUAACUUUUGUUUCAACACAACAUGGAUUGAAUUAAUGUUAUUGUCAUGAACUAUCUAAUCAUGGAGAGAAUGGAACUCUUCUAUAUUCUUUUGGUGGUCAUGUCGCCAGUCACUUACAGUAGUACAAACUCAACUGUACUUUCUACCAAAAAUACUAAACGUAGAACAGUCAUGUUGCACAAGCUAACUCCGAUAUGAACAUGGAUUUUUUGAAUUAGAAACUACCUGCAGUCAAUUUGUCAUUUCAGGCUGAGGGUGUGAGCUGUAAUAUAUUGUCAUCCCUAUAUUUGUUUUCCCAUUGUACACAGAUAUACAACUGUAUACAGAUCCAGCAUCUCAGCUUUGGUUUCAACAAAGUUUUCCCCACUGACCUUUUACGUUUGUGGGAAAGGAAAAUAGUGGCUAAAACUGGUUUUGUUCAGUCUCUAUCUUUUGAUGUAACUAUUGGAUUUUUCUGUGACUGGAUUCUGAUAUGUAACAGCCAAAAAAAACUUUAAAAAUUUUUGAGCUUUCUGAUAGUGUUUUUUUUGUUUCAUGAUUAUUUGAGUAUUUAUAGAGAUCUGAUUUGUUGCAGGUUUUGGAAUAUUAAAUUUGAGUGAAUUAUUGACAAAUGGUUUUGUUUUAAGGUACAAUGUUAUGAACAGCCAUCUUGCCUUGAAGUAAAAUACUGUGUAUUGCCAAUAUUAAAAAUGGGAAUGGACAAAAAUUAAAAACAUAGGCAAAGAAAUUACAUGUAAAGGUCAUUCCGUUACAGUUUUUAUUGAGUAACAGACUCAACCUUCAAAGCACCACAAAUAGCUAUAGAACGCUAUUUAAUAAUAAUUGACUUUGGCUUAUUUGAGUCAAUGUGAAUCACUGGCCUUAAUGUUGCCCUUAAUAUUAUAAGCAUCCUGAUUAUUAUAAGACAGUGAAUUGUUUGACUAAUCCUGAGCAAAACCUGAGAAAUCUGAUCGUAGUUAUUAAAAACUAAGAUAAAUUACAGUUUUGUGAUUACAGGUGAAGGUUUACUGGUUCGAAACUUCCAAACUGAUCCUGCUUUCAAUACUUAUCUCAUAAUCCUAAUCAGCAAUACCUAUGUCUAAAUGCUAAGUGAAGACAGGGCUAACCUUUGGAUACUGCUCUAUAUUGUUGAAGAGGCUAUAUUUUUGUUUAGGCUUACACAUAAAGAAUGACCAAGUGCAAGAACCAGCAUGAAUAAGCACCUUCAAAGUAUGAAGGGAACAAAACGAAAUUGAAAGGGAGAAGCUAUUUUCUGCAAUUUCUCAAUGUGAACAUGCUUGCAAAACAGAGGAAUCCAUUGUAUUAUGCUGAAUCUUUCAACCAAAGUUAUGAAAGUCAAGAAGAAAGGAAAGGUAAAAGGGGGAAUGGUGUUCCAGAAAUGUUGCACAACAUGUAAGUAUGGUAACUGGAGGCAUCUAAACAUUUCUGUUAACUUCUAAGUUUGAAAUCUUUCAUUAGGACGUUGUUUGGACUCCAAGAACCUGAGAUUGAGCUAAACUUAUAAAUAUUUUGAUGUUUUAUGAGAAUAAAUCAUUUAAGUAGUAGGACCAUUGUUGUCAUCACUACACUUUGUUUUAAAUUUGCCCAAAACUACAUACAGUAAUGCAAUAUUUCAACGACAUUCCAUUUUUAUCUAGUUUAUAAGAAACCACGUUGAUAUAGUUAAUUAAAUAGAAUUACAGAGCUUCCUGACAAUUUUGCACCAUUUGAAUGAUGGAUUCACUGUCAGAGAAAGGUUACAAGAGAUUUUGGCAUGAGUGGACUAUGAUUUUAGGCUAUGUCAAAAUCAGUCCACCAAUACAUUUGCUGAAGCCAUUGAAAAUUUCCACCUUUGCUGCACCCAACAACUCCCAUUUUGGUCAAUGGCAAUAGAAAAUGUCUUGGAUUUUUGCAUGUUUUCUCAAUUAUUCACUAACACUGAGAAAUAGUGUAGGUGAAAUUACGAUUUAAAUUAAAGUAUGAUAUCUGUGAAUUGAAAGUAAUGGAGAAAUGUAAAAUAAAAUCCACCUUGGCUAAUUUUUUGGUGAAAAUGUAUUUGCAUGCUUUUUAUCACUAUGUGAUAAAUUUAUUGUAUGUGGUAUAGUGUCCCUACAUGUGCCGUUGAUCAAAGUGAGAAUAUGAAGCAAUUUCAUUUAAGCUCGUUUUGGGGCCAGAUGAAAUUGACGUACUCACAGUGAAUACCAGAAAUGUGAUGACUAAAAUUUGUUUGAAGUUAAGGUUAAAAUCAGAUCAGCCAUGAUCUUAUUGAAUUGUGAAGCAGGCUCGAAGAGCCAAGUGGCCUACUCUUGUUUUUUGUUCAUAUGUAACCAGAGUCCUAUAACAUGGAUUAUUGUGGAGUAGUGUGCUGAGGAAAAUACCCUGUAAACCAGUUGAUGAUGCCCAUAUCUCAUAAAGAGCAUCUGUUGAGCAAAGUGCAAGAAAGGGAAAACUGAAUACAGGCCAUUGGGCAGAGUCUUCCACCUUAGUUUUUAGUUUUAGAGAAGUUUGUUUUAGCUUUUUAAAAGAUUGAUAAUGACACCUGCAGUUUUGAAUUACUUGGCUGUUGAAAGCAGCUAAUUUAUCAGCUGUAUAAGAAUUACUUUUAAAGUAAUCUCAUUUAUUUUAAUGUCAGACUUUCGUCAGCACUAUAGUUAAUAAUGUUUGUUAGCACUGGAAUAUAUAAUAUACUAAAUUACUUGUAUAAUGUUUGUUGCUUGCUUUAUUAAAUAUCUGUCCAUUAAUGAUUUUCUAUCAAGUGGCUGGAUAACUCUGAUUAAAUGUGUACAUGGUUAUUGAACUGUAAUUAAAUUUAUAUUUUAGUUUGCUGAAGCUUUCAUUCAUCUGGACAAUUUGCAAGAAUAAAGCAUGUAUACCACCUGAA